CACUGCUCAAGAAGCUGCCGCUGACGAGGCCAUCGAGCGCUUGUAUCUAAAGUGCCACCAUUUGGAGCAACAGUUGGCGGCCAGCCAAGAGGUUAUUCCUGCUAACCAUGGCAACCUAUACGACCUCGAACAUGCUCCCAAAAGCCCCUGUAUAGACGGUAUGCUUGGCAGCGGAUCACUGAAGGUCAACCACAGUCCAAAUCAUAACCAGUUUGGCCACCAAAAUCAACACAGCAUCCAUGGUUUAAGGAAUUCUUGCCAUCCUUCCUUCUUGCAAGCUGGAACCGGUGAACAAGCCCCUAAUGAGAAGAUGACGAAUCCCUGUUCUGAGGAUCCAAACCUGUCGAAUACAGUUUCUAGUUUAGCCUCUCUGGAGUCUCGGCUCACUCAGCUUGAAGUCAUGUACUCAGCCCUUAAAAGCCUUUAUCAAACCUCUUUGAAAAGGUGA